AUGGCAGGUGGAUUACGGGGCGACGGCGGAGGAGCUGGAGGCUCAUUUCCACGGCUGCGGCUCCGUCAACCGCGUCACCAUCCUGUGCGACAAGUACAGCGGCCACCCCAAGGGGUGAUCCCGAAGCGGACGAACCGCCCCGGGAUCAGCAGCACCGACCGGGGCUUCCCGCGGGGCCGCUUCCGGGGCCGGGGGGGCGGCGGCUUCGGCUCCGCCCGCUCCCGCUUCUACAGCGGCUUCAGCCGACCCCGCGGGAGGGGAUACAGGUGA